CCGGGGCGCAGGUGGGCGUUGGGCCGCCCUGAUGGCCAUGGGCAGGACUUCCUGUCGGACAUGGCCAUGACGGAGGUGGAUCGCUUCAUGGACCGGGAGCACCUGAUCUUCCGGGAGAACACCCUCGCCACGAAAGCCAUAGAGGAGUAUCUGAAACUCAUCGGCCAGAAAUACCUCAAGGAUGCCAUCGGCGAGUUCAUCCGGGCGCUGUACGAGUCGGAGGAGAACUGCGAGGUUGACCCCAUGAAGUGCUCGGCCUCCACCUUGGCCGACCACCAGGCCAACCUCCGCAUGUGCUGCGAGCUCGCCCUCUGCAAGGUGGUCAACUCGCACUGCGUGUUCCCGCGGGAGCUGAAGGAGGUCUUCGCCUCGUGGCGGCUGCGAUGCGCCGAGCGGGGCCGCGAGGACAUCGCUGACCGGCUGAUCAGUGUUUUGUUCCCUGCCCCGCCCGUGUUGCCCCCCAGCCUCUUCGGCCUCAUGCAGGAGUAUCCCGACGAGCAGACCGCCCGCACCCUCACCCUCAUCGCCAAGGUCAUCCAGAACCUGGCCAACUUCACCAAGUGA